UGGAUGCUGGGGGUGGUGGUGGGGCUGUGUAUAUGUUAGAUGAUUGUGGAGAAUGAGGCUACAUUUACUUAAAGUAACUGAGUUCUUGUAAAACACUUGUUGUAUGUUAAUGUCUUCAGGUAUCUGGGAGAGUGCAGACCAGCAGCACUAUCCAGUUAUCCAGCUAUAGUCAUAAUGUGCCUUCCAGCAGGAACGCCUCCCAGCUCAGACACCCGCUGCCUGAGGCAAGCCCUCCUCUCAGCUGAGGAGCACAACAUGGAGCUGGCCAUUGAAAACGCUGCUCUGAAGCAGCAGCUUAGCAGCCGCACGGACCAGACGCUGCAAAAAGAGCUCCAUGCAGCCAAAUUAGAGCUGCAGACGGCUCUAGAGGCUGCGAAAGAGACCCAGGAUCUUCUCAAGAAGAAGGAGGGGUUGAUCCUGGAGAACCACAGGGAGCUCUCAUCACUCCGAGAGACCCUUAAAGAUCAGACCGAGGAGCUUCACCUCAGUUCAACUCAGCUCUGCCUCAAGAACAAACAACUAAAUGAGGCCUUGACAAGGUGCAGCAGUCUGGAGGAGAAGCUGAGGGAGGAGUUUGUCGAGAGAGAGAAGAAGGAGAUGAAACUGUCUUCCCUCCAAGAGAGCCUCAUCACCCAGAAGGAGGAGACAGACCUCUGGGUGAACAAAUACAAGGAGGUAAAGACAGCCCUAGAGGAGGAGACCCAGCGCAGCGCUGACCUUCAGUGUCAGGGGCAGCUGACCCUGAAAGAGAUCAGCUCCAUCAGGGGUGAGAUCCAAGCUUGCACUGAGGAGAAUCAGAUUCUCUCAACGACGCUGGGCCUCAGAGAGAACGAGCUGAACCAGAGCAUCAGCAGGUACGACGCCCUGGAAGAGCAGCACAACAAGGAGCUUCUCCUGAAACAGAGCCUGGAGAGGGAACUGUCUUCCCUUAGACAGAGCCUCAUCACCCAGAGAGAGGAGACAGACCUCUGGGUGAACAAAUACAAGGAAGUAAAGACCGCCCUAGAGGAGGAGACCCAGCGCAGUGCUGAACUGGAGCAGUGUCACAGGGAGCUGAUGCUGGAAGUGAAAACUCGCACUGAGGAGAACCAGGUCCUUUCAUCCACCCUGACCCUCAGGAGAGAAGAACUGAGGAGGACCAUCAGGAAGCACCAUGCUCUGGAAGAAGACUGCAAGAAGCAGCUUGUGGAGAGGCAGCAGAGCUGGGAGAGGAGGCAGCAGGAGGUGCAGAGGUUGUGGGCUGAGAAGGAGGAUGCCCUGGCAAAGCAGGUCUGCAAAGCAGAGGAGGAGGUCAAGUCCCUGAUUAUACAAAACAUCCAGCUACAGGAACUUGCACUGAAGAAGAAGAAGAAGAAGAAGAAGACAAGAGGUUCCUGGAGGAAGAGGAGCAAGAAGAGCAGCAGCUUGGAGGAGGAGGCUCCAGACUCUUCAGCUCAAGAUGAAGACGCUGAUAAGAAGGAGAAGAAAGAAAAGAAGGAGAGAAAGCGUGGCUUCUGGAGAAGAAAGAAGUCAAAAUGCAGCAGCAAGGAAGAAGAGCCUCACACUGAGGAUGGACAAGAAGAGGAGGUUGCAGGAGAAAAGAGGGUUCUGGAGGUGGACCAGCAGAAAGAGGAGUAGUAACGGGGAGAUGGAGAGACCUGCUGCAGACAAACAGCAGUGAUCUCUCCAUCCUCCAUCCACCACCCCACCACCCCCACCUUCCUCUUCCAUCCCUCCCCCUUCCUUCCUCCCUCCCUCUACACCUCUCCUUCUCUCAUCCUCCUACUCCCCACCCUUUCUCUCUCUCCCACGACCCACCCUCUCUUUUUCCCCCAUUCCUCUCCUCUCUCUCUCCCUACCCCCUCUAUCCCUCUCUCUCACCCCGACCGGUCGAGGCAGACGACCGCCCACCAUGAGUCAGGUUCUGUUCAAGGUUUCUUCCUGUUAAAAGGGAGUUUUUCCUUGCCGCUGUUGCCACUGGCUUGCUCAUGGGGGAACUGUUGGGUCUCUCCAAACAACACUGACUACAGUCUAGACCUGCUCUGAUCCAAUACUUGAUUUGACUGAUUAAUACUUUGCCUUUAAAUAAAUGAAUAAAAUUGGCUCUAACUCCAUCUUCA